AUGCCGAAAGAUGAAGAUGAGUCCGUGCGAUCACUAAGCUCUACCUGUCUUUCGUUUGCUUCACGGCGACUAAGGAGGAGACGACUGCUCAGUUCACACGCCCGAUUGCCACUUAUCUCUGUCACGUCGCUUUACAACCGCUUACAGACCUCCGGAGUCGUGCUUGUGGAUUGCCGCAAGAGUCUCGAAUUCUCAUCAAGUCAUCUCCCGGAUGCGCUGCAUUGCCCCCAUUUGUACACGGGAUCGCAUUUAUCAGCACUAGGUUGUGCUGGACACAUGACAAAGACAGUGGAUGACGUACUAGAGCUUACGGACAAUGAAAAGCUGCGCGAGAAAUUAAUAAGAAGAGACCUUAUUGAAGUGGUGGUCAUUGGAGGUAACCACACAAGUGCGUCUUUCCUGUACCGAAUGGACUGGGGCUACCGUUUUGCUAAAAUGCUUAUGGAAGAGGGACGUGUUUAUUCAGUACGGUUCCUGGCACAGGGAUUCCCGGCCUUUGUCAAAAAGUACAAGUUCAUGUUAGUGUCAUCUCCUACGGUAACACGUUCGAAAGAAGAUUCCAUCAAUCGUGAAGAAUUGCCAUAUUCUCCGAUGGUUUGUAGCCCUACGUCGAUGAUGCAUUUUCCGAACGAAAUUGUGGACGGUUUUCUCUACUUGGGCAACUUUUGGCAAGCCAAUUCGCCCGAGGUUAUUGCGUCCUUGCAGAUCACGCAUAUAGUAAACAUGGGUGCAAUCACUGAUCACCGCAAUAAGUUUGAGCACGUCAAAUACUUUGAUGUUGCAAUCAAGGAUAACGUGGACGUGGACAUUACACAAGAAUUUGGUCCAUCUAUUGAGUUUAUUGAGAAAGCGGCAGAGGGUAACGGACGUGUGCUUAUCCACUGCGUCCAAGGAGUCUCGCGCUCGUCUACGAUCUGCAUCUGGUAUGUGAUGCUCAAAACUAAGUGUACGCUGUCGGCUGCCUACAGUCACGUGCUCAAAUGCCGUCCCCUGAUUUUCCCUAACCGAGGCUUCAUGGCGCAACUAAUUGCCAACGAGCGACAGCUAUAUGGUGACCAAAGCGUCAUUGAAGAUGAAUUGGAGCUGCUUCAAAACGGUCUCUUGCCGCCCGUCGAUCGUAGCGGCUCGGCGCUGUGUGAGACUUUUCUUCCAUAA